GUUACGUACAGCUAUAUUCAAAAUGUUCUUUUCUUCAAUUUCUUAUUAAAAAUCAGUUUCCUCUCAUAUACAAGAAAAGAAAAGAGAACCCUUAAGAACAUAAUCAAUUAUCUUCCUAUCUGUGCUGCACUAAACUGCGAUUUCCAAGAGGUCAGCUUGUAUUUUUCCUUUCUAAUUAAUUGGUAUGUAUUAUUUGAGAUGUUCAUGCCAAUCAUGCGUGUCUAAUAAACGAAGUUGUGGAAUUCCGUUUUUUUUUUUACUAAACAAUGCAUUUAUUUUUUGCAUGUUUUUUUAAAUAGAUUGCAUACCUACCCAAACAAUCUAUUUUUAUUUUACAUGCAAAAUGAUUACAUCCCUACAGUUUACAUGCAAUCACUUUACAUGUAAAGUUUUAAUAUGCAAAGAACCAAACGUCCCCUAAAUACAAAAUUCUAUUUUCUAAUUCUUUCAAUUUCUUCCGCAAGUGGAAAGGGCACAACUAGACGAGACCGCCCACCUUCAGCGUCUUCAUCGACCUCCAGCUUCGAUGGGAUUUCAUAGAACAAGUUUGCUACUACUUAUAAUGAUUUUGGCGUGUGUUACAGGAGUUGGGAUUCACCCAGUUAACAAAAUAAUUGGUUUUGUAGCUAUCUGUAGUGCUAUUGGUGGUUUUGGAUUUUUCUAUUGAAUUAGAAAAAAUAAAGAUAGACACAAAUAUGAAAGAUCACUAGAAUACUCAAUUUAUAUUCUCUCAAGAGUGCAAAUUUCGUAGGCAAAAUACAUGGAGGAGAAUAUUAGGGGGUGUCCCCAACUUGGAUUCUUAUGGAUUUUAAUGGAAUUUAGAACUCCACAAGAAUUUAGGUAUCCUCAAUUUAGAUUUUCAUGGAGUCCGUGAAAAUAUGGGUGUCCACAAACAUUCCAUGGAUUUCUAAUAUUAUUUAUGGGGAUGGAUUUUAAUGGAUUUUGAUAGAAUUAUACAUGUAAAAGAUUCCAUCUCGUUGUUAAUCUUUUCCGUUACUUGAUUAUAUAUAUUGUACUAACCUCAGGUUUGCACUGCCUUUCUGCGUUUUAUUUCUCUGCUUUGAGUUUUGCGUUGCGUUUCUGCGCUGCUCUAUGUCUCUGCCGAACAAGAAUAAAGUCGAAACGAUCGUCUUUUGCUCCCUUGGUCUGCGUAACAAGAACACCUCUGAACCGUGCAAUACUAACAAAGUUAGCUGGAAAGUAAUCAGUUUGCAGAAGAGAAAAGUGUUGAUUCAGAACAUGAACUUGUAUCAAAGGGAGUAAGGAGUACAUCAUUUGUCAUUAGAAACUUGUACUUAUACUUGUUAUUUCGUGUAGGUUGAGUACAUAUUUGAUUACUCAGUUAAAACUUGGUUAUCUGCCUAACGUUUUUGCUGAUGUGUAUUACCUGAGUCCAAGUCACCUUUCUCGUCCAUAAACCUAACAGGCUAGAAAACCGCGAUUCCAUUCCCGCGCUCUGUAAACUAGUCCAAAGCACGAGAGUGGAUGUAGCAUAUGUAGAAGACAGAGAAGAGGAUUGGAACUCAUUCAAGAUCCAGAAACGGUUGAGCUUGAACGAACGAAGUAAUGGAGAAUGAUUUUUAUGAGAUGCAAAAACAGUUCUAGAAGAAUGUCACUACUGGAGGCAUGUUAACAGGUAUGGGGUGAAGACAGUAGUGAAUGGGAGGAUCCACAUAGGGAGCCUAUGAAGAUGCCAUUUGUUGUUGAUUUAGGAUUUGAAGAUGAUGGUCUUUUAUUUGAAGAUGAAAUGAACUCUGAAAAUGAAGAUGACGAGGAGUUGAGACAUGGUAGAACUUUGUUAAGGAAGUUGGUGACAAAUGAUAAAAGUCUUGGCAAAAAUAAACGAGAGAAAAAAGACAAGCAAUACACUUUUGAGGAGGAGGAGCCGUUGGUGGGUGACAGACUGAAGCUAGUGAUACAGACUACUUUAGUUCAAGUAAUGAAGGGAGUUAUAAAUCAUGUUUGGACGCAGAGGAAGAUCACUGUUUGAGAAGUAAAACUAGAUUUCCUCCUUUUAGACCAAAUGACAAGAGAUUAAGAUCAAUGCACCAAAAAGAGGUCACUCAAUCUGCAGGGAAUGGUAAAAAAAGGCAUGCUGGAGAAAUGGAGGUUAUUGCAAAUGCUGCUGCUGCAAGACAUAGAUUUCACCGUCUAUAUGACUCCAUGGAAGAUGUUGUACAAAAUACAUCGCAAGUCAUUGAUCCUACUCAGUACUAGUGUAGCUAUUGUUUUUUGUAAUCUACAAAUGAUGUUUUUUUGUGGAUGGUAGAACCAAAAUUCUCAUGAUGCAUCUAUUGCAUUUUGUUUUGUUAGCUUGUUUUGAAGUAUCUGUUUUUAUUGAGAUACUUUGGAGGAAGGAAGGAAUGAUUAGUAAUCUUGAUAUUGUGAAAUUUAUCAAGAAUAGGAGACUUGUGAUAUUUUGUAGUGAUACACUUUUGAUCACCUAGAAUGCUAAUUUGGUUAUGAUUUAUAGUUGUAAGGGAUUCUGUUAAAUUAUUAUAUGCAGCAUGUUUUGGUUCAAAGACCCAUUAUUUGAG